CCGUUAUUUGGCUAAAGUAACAACGUGUUGAUAAAACGAAGGAAAAUUAUGAUUCAAUUGCACAAAAUCUUACUUUAACAUCGAUUACAUUCAUACUACCAGUGUCAAAACAUAUUUUUUUUCUGAUCAUGAUUAUAUGACAUUUAACUAUGUGAGACUGAUUCAACUGGUUCAAUAUACCUUCCAAGAAAAAAGAAAGAUUUUUUAAUCAUAAUUAUGAAUCAAAAUCUACAAUGUACAUUGAGAAUAAGAACUGAACAAGAUCAGGAUAUUGACUGGAUGGUGCACCCAGAUGAAAUAACCUUUCAUCAGGCAAUGGAAGUGAUUUCAAAAACUCUACCAGGGACAUCAACAACAGCUUUCCAAUAUAUAGAUGAAGACGGUGAAAAGAUUACAGUUAGGAGUGAUGAUGAACUUAAAGCAAUGUUUCAAAUGUAUAUGUGUGAACUUACAGAAGAAGAUAUACAAAGAGGUCUUCUGGAACCAUUAGUAAUUUAUCCAAGAGUGGGUAAAACUCCUAAAGACAGAAACAGAUUUGAUCUCAGAAUAAAAACACAAAAAGGCACUAAAAAACCAGCAUCAAAUGCUCCACAGUUUCAAGAUAAAGGUUUACAGAGUCGAGUCACAAGAGGUCAAACAAGUGCAGAACCAAUGGAAAUUAGUACACCUAGAUACAGUCAAAUGUCAGAUACCUCUUCUCAUCCAAAUAUUCAGUCUAAUCCUCAUUCUCUAUAUCUGGAGCAACAAGUGUCCGGUUCCCCACAACAUCACAUAACCAGUCCAUUAACUAGUUCUGUACAAAUACAUCAGUCAAGUCAAGGUCAAAGUAGGGCAGAAAAUAUUAAAGAGAUUUUAACCAGUGGGAGAAUGACUGCCGCUGAUUUACAACAGAUUGCACUUAUUGGUAGUGGCAAUGGAGGGAAAGUAUAUAAAGCUUUUCAUAUUCCUACUCAAAAACUAAUGGCAGUAAAGAUAAUACAGCUAGAUGUUGAUGUUGAAGUACAGAAGAAAAUUCUUCUAGAAUUAGAUAUUUUAUAUAAGUGUCAUUCUCCAUCAAUUAUCGGAUUUUAUGGUGCAUUCUUUAUAGAGAAUAGGAUCUCAAUAUGCACAGAGUUCAUGGAUGGCGGGUCAUUGGAUAAUUAUGGUCAGAUUCCGGAGCCGAUACUUGGCCGUAUGGCUGUCAAUAUGGUACAAGGUCUAAUAUACAUGUGGAGUCUCAAGAUAUUACACAGAGACAUUAAGCCAUCAAAUAUUCUAGUCAACACAGAUGGUUUUGUGAAGCUGUGUGAUUUUGGAGUCAGCACUCAAUUAGUUGAAUCAAUUACAAAGAGUCAUGUGGGAACAAAUGCAUACAUGGCUCCAGAGAGAAUAAAAGCUGAACAUUAUGGUGCCCCGUCAGAAGUCUGGAGUUUAGGAGUUACAUUAUAUGAGCUUGCUGCAGGGAGGUUUCCUUUUGAAAAUAUGUUUGAAGAGGGAAGCGUCAAUGUGUUAAGAUUAUGCAAUACUAUUCUAGAAGAGAAGUCACCAAAAUUGUCGGAGGAAAAGUUUUCACCAGCUUUAUGUGAUUUUGUGGCUAAAUGUUUACAUAAAGACCCACAGAAGAGGAUCACUCAUCCAGAAUUAUUGGCCCAUCCAUAUAUUCAGAAUUUUAUAGAAGAUGACACAAGUAGAAGUGUUCUUUCAGCAUGGAUCAAAUCACAGCUUCUUAUACUUCAAAACUCUGACCCAAAAAAGAAAUCAUAACAUCCUGUGAUAGUUUAAUAUAAACAUAAUGUUAUUGAUAAAUAUUACAAUGAUUUUUGGAUUUGCCAGGAAAAGGUUCUGUACACUAGUUUUGGUAUAAUUCUUCAUUUAUUGAUUUGGAUUGGCUGUACAUACAAUCAACAGAGCUUUCAUGUUAACUUUAUCUGUGCCAAGAAGUUUAGAUGAACAUUUGAAAGUGUAUCUUGAACUAAAUUUGAAGUUGUUAAUACAUGUAAUUGGUAGAAUAUUUUAUAUUGUAUAAAUCACACCAAAGUUUCUGAAUAGAACCAAUGAUGUAUGUAAAUUUUUUAUUAUUGGUGUCAUGUAUGUGCCAAAUGAUCACUAAACCAGGUAAUUGAGUUUAUGGAUUUUAUAUAUAUACCUGAAAUAUUUUGUUAGGGAACAUUUAAGUCUGUUUUUCAUAUAACUCAAUUGCUUUUAAAAUGGAGGCAUUGGAGGCAUUUUUGUGAUAACUCCAUAUUUUAUGUUUAGAAUAAAAUGUCAUGACAUGA